AUGUCUCAGUUUCGCGACACCUUCACGAAGGAGGAGCAGAGGGAACCGCUGCUGGACUACGACGACAGCGCGUUCAUGUUCUACCUAUGCACGGUCUCCUUCUGCACCGUGCUGCCCUGGACCUUCUUCUCGCUGAAGAAGGCGUUCUAUCCGAGCUCGUACUCGAAGCAGUAUCCGACCAAGACGCGGAAGGGCUCGGUGUACAUACACUGCAAGUGCUCGGAGUGCACGAGCAAGCGGGAGCGGGAGAGCGCGCGGGCGGACAAGUGGUCCCAGCGCUGGUUCGGCGGCUACGCCUGGGUCGAGAAGCUGGCGCUGCUCUGCGCCUGGAUUGCACUCCUCUACCUCUGCGUGAAUCUCCCGGAAAUGAAGAAUCUCAAGACCUUCGACCCCUUUGAAAUCCUUCAAGUCGAACCCAGCGCCUCUAACCGGGAGAUCAAGAAGGCCUACCGCCUCAUGUCCCUCAAGUAUCACCCUGACAAAAACGUCAACGACCCGACAAGCGCCGCAAAGUUCAUUCUCGUCGCGAAGGCGUACCAAGCUCUGACGGAUCCGGUUGCAAAGGCGAACUACGAAAAGUAUGGAAAUCCUGAUGGACCAGGCAACAUGAAAGUCGGCAUGGGUCUCCCGCGCUUCCUCGUCGAGGAGAAAUAUCAACUUCUUGUUCUUUCCUGCUUCUUCCUCUUCCUCCUCGUUCUUCUCCCUAUGGUCUUCAUCUGCUACUACCAAAGACAAAAGAAAUACGCUCCCAAUGGCGUUUUGGUAGAAACGCUGCAGUUCCUCACACACUACAUGGCAGAAGGCAGUCGGCUGAAGAACUUUCCCGAGUACCUCAGUGCCUCCGGAGAGAGCCGCGCGAUGCAGGUCGAGAAGGAGGACGACGUGGAAAUGCGAGAGAUCAUUGACCAGGCCGUCGAGCCGAAGAAACGCGUGCUGAAUGCCCCCAUCAUUGUCAGGAAUUACUACCUCAUUCUGGGUCACAUGCAGCGGCUGCACCACCUCAUGAGCGACCGUCUCCGCGAUGCCUUGGAUGAACUGCUAAAGGCGUCUCUGCCCAUCACGCAGUGCAUGGCGGAGAUUUGCGUGCUCAGCGACUGGCUGCAUGCAGCGACUUCCGUCUUGGAAUUCAGACGGUGCCUCGUUCAAGGCCUCGACGGGCGGAGCUCCACUCUUCUUCAAGUUCCACACUUCACACUCGAGGCUGUUCGCCACUGCCAGAGAGGCAAACACGCUGCUCGCGAGUUGGGCGAUUUUCUGAAGCAAGACCCUGAAGAGCGCAAAGGCCUGGUGGACAUGAGCCCCGAUCAGCAGCUGGACAUCCAGGCGUUUUGCCACCAGGUCUCUCGCAUGAAGAUGGAGGCGACGGUCUUCGUCGAAGACGAGGCGGAAAUCGUUGCCGGCGACUUCGCCACUUGCCAAGUCACGCUCACGCGAACCAAUUUGAAUGAGGGUGAGGCAGCUGGCGCCGUGCAUGCACCGCUGCUCCCGAUGGCGAAGUACGAGGAAUGGUGGAUUUUCCUCGUAGACAAAACGGAGAGCGCGUCGACGGGAGGACGCAUUCUGAAUUUUGUGCGGUCGAAGUCUGCCGAGCGCGUCGUCGAAGAAAGAAUUCAGUUCAGAGUCAACCGAGUGGGGAAGCAGAGCGUCACCGUCCUCGCGAUCUGCGACUCCUACGCCGGCUGCGACUGCACGAUGGAGCUCGAGUUCAAAGCCUACCACCCCGAAGAAAAACCACGCCCAGUGUGGAUCCAUCCCGAGGAUCUCCGCCUUGACGAAGAACCGACCCUGUUCCAGCAGAUGCUCGGAGAAAUGUACACCUCGAGUGACGAAGAAGAGAGUUUCGACUUGGACGAAGGUCUGCGCGUGGCGGUGAAGAAGAAGACACAAGAAGCAGGUGAAGCGGCAAAUGCAGAAAAUUCUGCCAGCUCUCAGGCGACAGCACAAGCUGCCUCGACCGCGCCUUCGAGUGACAAAAAUGAAUCUGCAAACAACCUGACCAAUGCCGAAGAAGCGAAUGGAACAGCGUGAGAUACGACGCAACAGAGCUUCGUUUCAGAGUAUCCUUCCCUUCGCUUCUCGCGUCGUCUGUCUCUUCAGCCCAUCGUCGACUUCCCUGAGUUGCUGGCUGUUGAGGUUCCUGCCCGAUUCGAACCGCGUACCACAUUUAUGAAUGUGCCGCUGUUUGUGUGCGGAUCUUUGCACAUGAACAUCAUCUCUGUAGAUGCAUGUAUCUCUCUCUGCGCAAGUCUGUUUGUUUACUUGUUCAUGCCUUCUUUCCUACAUAUGCACUGUAUUUUGUG